CAUGCGCCCUGUGCAAUAAUGAGCCGCUUCGGGUUUUACUGCAUUUUUCUCUUCUUAUUAUACAAAAGCCCGAGUUUGAUCCUCUUCCUGUGCUUCGCUGUUUAUGUGUAUCUCCACUACCGGACCCGGUGAGCAGCACGGACCCGCCGGAGGGGAAAUUAAAGCCGGAUUCAGACAGAAAGAUGCGGGUUUAGUGAUGUCUGGUCCCGUCACCAACACGUCACCGGCGUGUCGUCCUUGUCUGGCGUUCUCUGAUGGCGUCACACGGCGGUGAUGGACUGUGCUGUUCCCGGUCCGGAGGUCGUCCCCGAGCCAAAAACACCGGAGCGGCCACCGAGCAGCGAUAAGACGGAGCCGAUAAGAGCCGCUUAUAACCAGAACCAGAGGCUGAGAGGAAAGUCCGUAGAGAGGCAGCAGAGGGAAAAACACAGCAGCUGAACCUGCUGUUUGUACGAUGGGUCUCCUACAUUCAUUGUAUUUGUACGUCACAGCAGCCGACAGCCCUCCAUCCUCCCCGUCAGCCUUCCCUCCCCUCGCCGUCCCGCCGUCCUCUCGCCUUGCCGUCACCCUGAACUCCCGUCCGGUUCCCAUGGGAGACGCCCGCUCGCUCUGGAGCUCCGCCCACCGUUCCCCUCACUUCCUGCUGUCGCCCUGCGGACAGGAAGUGACCCGCUCGCCCGCCGAGCUGAGCAGCGACGGCGUGAGGGCGGAGGCGGGUGUGAGGAGCGGUCUUCACAUCUGGGAGGUGGUCUGGAGCCCCGAGCACAGAGGAAGCCACGCCGUCCUGGGGCUGUCCAGGAAAGACUGCCCCCUGCAGGCGUCAGGGUACAACGUCCUGGUGGGCGGAGACUCGCAGUCCUGGGGCUGGGAGCUGAAGACCAAUCAGCUGUGGCACGGCGGGCAGACGCUGGGGCGUUACCCCGGAAACAGGAGGCGGGAUUCCAGUUCACAGUCGUCCCUAAAGGAAACAGAAACUCCUCUCCUCAUCCCAGAGCGAGUCCUGCUGGUCCUGGACGCCGACGCCGGGACGCUGGGCUUCGUCGUGGACGGUAGCUUCCUCGGCAUUGCUUUUCAGGAGCUUCCUCGAGGGGCGGAGCUUUACCCAGCGGUGAGCAGCGUGAGGGGAGGAGCCAGCAUCCGACUACGAUACCUGAACGGGACGACACGUGACCCUCCAGCCCUCAUGGCUUUAUGUGGACUCUCAAUUCGACAGUUUUUAGGGCAGCAAAGGCAGAAUCAAAUGGACAAAUUGCCUUUACCUCCAGCUCUCCAGCACUACCUGCUGAUUAGUCAUUAGUUUUAUACACAAACUCACAACAUAAGGAUGCUUUUGUCAAUAAUUGCGCAUUGAAACAAGGACUUACAAUGCACUUCAUUUUAUAUGACACAAAUGUAAAUACAUGUGAGAUUAUAUCCAAGUGUAUGUACUGUUCGUCGUAUUUAUCACAGAUUUUAUAUUUGCAGUCCUUUGAUGAUAUUUUGAAGUUCAUUAACUGGAUGGUUUUGCGCCACUGAAACAUCUCCAGUUUAAAUUCAAGUCAUUAUUAAAGUCAUUUUGCAGUUUUUCUAUCCGCUCACAGUCCAUGAGGAUCAUUUAGUAGCGUCGUGUGGUGCCGGAGACUCACAUUCAAUAAAGAGGAGAAAGUUACUGGUGUGAAGAUAUUGAUUUGAGGAUCCCAAAGAACAUUAAGCCUCCAGAAACAUCUACACCGCAACAUGAGAACCACCAACCGGAUCUGGGGAGUUUGGUAGCUGGAUCUAUGUUCUUUUUACCUUUCCUGUGGCAUUUUUGCAGUGUCAUGGAUGUAUUGUCCUGCUGAGGGAGUCUGCUGCCGUUAGGAGGAUGUGUAAUAAUGUUUAGGUGGAUAAUACCUGUCAAAGUAGCAUCCACAUGAGCGCCAGGACUGAGAUUUCUCAGCAGAACACUGCAUCGUAAUGAGGCAAUCAAUGUUUAAUGUUGUGACUGAUGUCUCACACUCCUGCUUCCUGCAGAACAGCUCAGUCAGUCUGGAGAGCUUUUUAAAUACCAUCUGUACAGACUGGAAAUUGUGUAAUAUUUUAUGUCUUUUCUAAUGUUUUAUUGCUGCUCUUCUUUUUUGUACAGCAACUUGUAACUCUGUUUUUUAAAUGUGCCAUAAAAAUAAAUUAUUAGUAUUA